CUUUAGACGUUACACCUUCCACAAUAGACCAAUCGAACAAAGAUUUGGCAUAGAAUUCCCUCUCCUGUUCUUCUACACUUCUCAGAAAAGCCCUUCAAUCAAAACCCCCCAAAUUGGCAAGAAAAGUCUACUGGAAUACUGAACACCUAAACAUGUCUCCCUAAAAUUGACGAUUGAUUAUUCCCCUCGAAGAAUAAAAGAUGAAACAAGAUCACUUCUUUGUUUUAUUAUUGCUUCUUCUCUCCAAUCUUCUUCUUCAAUCUCUCUCUGUUACUAAUGUAGAAAAAUCAAAUGGGGUCUGUGUGUCUCCUGGAGGUCGUUUCCGCCCAUUCUCAUCAGAAGGGAAACCUCCUAGAAGCUUUAGAGAUUUAACACUGUGCAGAAUGUUUCGAAGAAACACCUGCUGUGAUGCGACACACACACAUUCUGCUUUUAUCUCUAUACGGAAGUUGGCAACAACAGGGGAAGCAAACCAAGAGUGCUUGCACUUAUGGGAGAUGCUGGAGUGCUCUCUUUGUGAUCCAGAUGUUGGUGUUAAGCCAGGUCCUCCUUUGAUAUGUGCCUCUUUUUGUGAAAAACUGUUCCAGGCUUGUUCUGAUGCAUAUCUCUCUAUGGAUGCUAUAACACAGGUUCUUGCACCCUGUGGAGUAGGAGACUUUGUAUGUGGUAGGGCCUCUGAGUGGAUCUCUAAUGGUACAGAACUUUGCCGUGCAGCAGGUUUUGCUGUCACACCAUUGAGUGAUUCAGGCCUUACUGUUGAGGAAACAUCUUGCUAUGGUGGGAAAGCAAGUCUAGACUCCAUUGCAGAGUCGUGGAAGAAGCCACAAACCAGCAACUUUCAGAAAGAUGGGCACAAUGGAUUGUUUGAAGAUUUCCAGCAGUGGAUGAAAGAACUGCCAUUCGCGGAACGUGUUUCCUGGGCAGUGGGAGGGUUGGUGCUUACUGCUGGACUCUUUUUUAUGAGUAAGAGGAAGAGCUACAGCCAACAGCAGAAGCAUGCUGCAAUUAUUCGUGCUGCUAGGAUUAGGCACUUGGAAUCCAGAGCAGGCCAAAGACCAUCAACCACCCAGGGUAGUAGGAAGACUGCUGUAAGAUAGAUUUAACCCUCCCAGAUUUCUGGCCCCAUUUCCCCCCCUUUGUAACAUAGUAUUGUUGAUUUGCAGUCAUUCUUGUAAUCCUCGGUUUUCUUCCAUUCUCUUUUGGCUUGUGUGGUUCUCAACAUAGAAUUAAUCAUAUGAAGAAAUUUUGGAACAUUUUUAGAUACUCAUUAUUACACUUUGCAUUGUUCGAACUGCCCUACGAUUCUUAAUAGAAUGCAAUGUAUCUUGAUA